UUAGAAGGGGCCGUUUUUAAUGUACUCUUUUUAUUUUUUGUCGAUUUUUGUGUCCAGGGAUUUCGACAUUCGAGUAUAACAGAGGGUGGUGGGACAUAUGGUGUGUGGUGGCCGCCGUUUUUCGCGGCUAUCCUAAUCUGAGAAAUGAUGACGUGCCUAUCUUCUGGAUAAAGAUGAAUGUCCAUCCCCACUCAUCUUUCAUGCUCGUGAAUGACACUGUCCAAUCACAGCUUAUCUGUGCUGAAUACUUUGUGCAUAACAGCAGUAGACGCGUCGUUCCAGUGGAAUUUCUCCCGGUUGUCCGGGAGUGCAACAGAGCAGGCAGAUUACAUAUCCGCUGAAACUACACACACUGCUGCCACUGUCUUUAGCAACUUUAGACAACCUGAGAGUUGUUUUUGCUGAGCAUUUUGGCCACGCCUGAAGAUAGCAAAGGGAAUUCAGAACUAUUCUUCAUAAAAGGGAAAAAAAAAAAGAAAAAAAAAAAAAAAAGAAAAGAAAAGAAAAAAAAGAAAGUGAGCUUGAAUAUGGAUGUAAUGACAGACAUGGAGCAAAGUUGAAGCAUCAGUGGAUUAACUUUGAGUUUCUGCACAGAGAUUUCAAUGUUGAGAUGGCUACCUUAUCAAUAUUAACUGGAAAGUGUGGAAGUCUAAGAGAAGGCACAGAUCAUGGCUUUGAAUCCACUUCAUCUCUAUAUUAUUGCAAGGACUUUUCUGCUAGCUAUUUAUUUGGAAUUUCAGUUAGAGCAGAAAACAGAAGUUUGUCCAUGGCUUUGGAAGGUUCUAUGAUUAGUAGCAGAAAUAGGUUUGAUGUAACUGCAAAAGUCAGAAAGGGGAAGAAGCAUGAUUAUCCAUGGCCAGAUGAUAUCGAUCCAAAUAUCACCACUGGUCACUUGACUUUCCUUUCUCACUUCAAGCCUCUAACUGAGAAGCCAAAACCAGUCACGCUUCCUUUCGAAAAGCCUCUGGUUGAUCUAGAGAAAAAGAUUACUGAGGUACGUAGGAUGGCUAAUGAAACUGGUCUAGAUUUUAGUGAUCAAAUUGGUGCUUUGGAAAGCAAGUACAAACAGGCUCUCAGAGAGUUAUAUACACAUUUGACACCCAUCCAACGCCUAACUAUCGCUCGACAUCCUAACAGACCAACAGUUCUAGACUAUAUAUUGGCUAUCACAGAUAAGUGGGUGGAACUUCAUGGAGAUCGUGCUGGCUAUGAUGACCCCGCUAUUGUAACUGGUGUUGGCAGCAUGGAUGGUAAGACCUACAUGUUUAUAGGCCAUCAGAAAGGUAGAAACACAAAGGAGAACAUUGCACGCAACUUUGCAAUGCCAACUCCUCAUGGUUAUCGAAAAGCUUUGCGUAUGAUGAAAUAUGCUGAUCAUCAUGGUUUUCCUAUUAUAACAUUUGUUGACACACCUGGGGCCUUUGCUGAUCUUAAAUCCGAGGAACUUGGUCAAGGUGAAGCAAUAGCCCAUAACUUGAGGACAAUGUUUGGCCUUAAGGUUCCCGUAGUAACAGUUGUAACAGGUGAAGGUGGUUCAGGAGGAGCUCUUGCCAUUGCUUGUGCCAAUAAAUUGUUUAUGCUAGAGAACUCUGCUUUCUAUGUUGCAAGGUUCACCUUUUAUGGUUAUAGCUCUUUAGUGUUUCUCAUGGUCUGUGUCUUUCUAAAGUCUCUUGUGGCUACAUUUCUCGGACCAGUCCUGAAGCAUGUGCUGCAAUAUUGUGGAAAUCUUCCCAAGCUGCUCCUAAGUUUCAAACUUAUGCAGGCAGCGGAAAGACUCAGGAUAACAGCUCAAGAACAUUACAGGCUUAAAAUUGCUGAUGGUAUAAUUCCAGAGCCUCUUGGCGGUGCACAUAACGAUCCUUUGUGGACCUCCCAACAAAUUAAGCUUGCAAUCACCAAGGCCAUACAGGAAUUGGCGAGUAUGGAUAAAAAAGAGUUGCUCAACCACCGCAGGCUCAAAUACAGGUCAAUUGGAGGCUUCCAAGAAGGCAUUCCAGUGGACCCAGAGAAGAGACUCAACAUGAAGCCAUCAGACAACAACAUGCCAAAGACUGCAGAUAUUGAGUCAGAGCUUGAGAGUUUAAAGAAGGUUAUUGAAGAUGGACGUUCAAAUCCAGCUACCAUCCAGGCAAUUGAGAAACUCAAGCAAGAUGUAAACAUGGAGAUUAACAGAGUAUUUAUUUCAAUGGGCUUGCAAGAAAGGCUUGCAUUGAUUAAGUCAGAGUUAUCCAAAGUAACUAAUCUGCACGAUCAUCCCCCUAAUCGUAACUUAAAGGAGGACAUAGAUGAGAUCAUGCAGGAAUUCAAAAAGAACUUCUCACGACCAGGGGCCUAUCUUGGGUUGAAGUACAAGCUUGGGAAGUUAAAAAUGGUUAGCAGGCUCAUUGAGAUUAAAGAAAAGGGUGAGAAACUGAUGGCAGAGAUUAAUCAGAAAGUUCAUCCUGAGAUCAAAGAAAAAAUGGACCUUCUGAAGAAUGCUCAGGAAAAAUUGGUGAGGGGCGAUUCCACGAGCAAAGAUUUGAUAAAGGAAGUGGAGAGAGCAAAGAAAGAUCUAGAGGAGGUUCUCAGGUCAGCUAACUUGAAUAUCGUUGGGGUGACAAAGAGAAAGGUCGCCACUUCAUCUGCAGAUAUAAGAAAGAAGAUAGGAGAUUUGAACGAAGAGAUUGGCCAGGAGAUUGGGAAAGUAAUAAAUGAAGCAGGACUUGGGGGCAAACUUAGGGAGUUGAAGGUGGAGAUAGCAAAAGGCUCAAGUGCAAAAGAUGUAGAAAAACUGAAAGCAGAGAUAAAGGAGGGGAUUCUUGCUGCUUCGGAUGUCACGGCAUUAAAGGAAAAGGUUGACAAUCUCAGAGAGGAGUUGUCAUCUUUAACAGGAAGUGUUACUGAAGGUAGGGUUGGUGCCAAAAAUGGCGGAUGGUGAAAGAACUUACUCUCCCACAGAGAUAAUUACAGCAUAUGAUAACACGGCUGCUUGAGGUCAUAGGAUGCUAUCUAGCGUUUCUUGUAUUCAGUAAUUAUACCAUCCUGAUUCCUGUUGAUUAUUACCUUCAAGUUGAAAAGAUGAUUACAAUAUAUUCCCAGUGUCGGCGUUGUGCGCUCUCA